AUGUCGUGUAUGAACCAAGGAAGGCGCGGCGGUGCGCUCAUCUUUUCCGGAUUUGCUACGCCGUACUUUGCCCGAGAUGCCAAGUUCCUGGACUACUUCCGUUGCUACCCAGUUGCGAUGAUGGCGUCCGCGUCAAGCAAGGACGACGCAAACUUUGGCGGCAAGAUCUUCCUCCCGCCAUCCGCUCUCAACAAGCUCACCAUGUUGCACAUCCGCUACCCGAUGCUCUUUGAGCUUGAGAGCGAGGAAAUGGGUCUGAAGACCCACUCGGGGGUGUUGGAGUUCGUCGCGGAGGAGGGGCGUGCGUACCUCCCGCAGUGGAUGAUGUCCACGCUCCGUAUUCAGCCGGGCGCCUUGUUGAAGAUCACUAACACGGACGUGCCAUUGGGGCUGUUUGUCAAGAUCGAGCCACAGUCGGUCGAUUUCUUGGACAUUACCGACCCCAAAGCAGUACUCGAGAACGUCUUGAGACGAUUCACGACGUUAACUGAAGGUGAUAUCAUAGAGAUUAGCUAUAAUGACACAAUCUACGGUAUCAAGGUAUUGGAGGCCAAGCCAGAGCUGGCAUCGCGUGCAAUUUGUGUGGUCGAGACGGAUUUGGAGACGGACUUUGCACCGCCUGUGGGUUAUGUCGAGCCUGAUUACAAAGCUGAGUCCACGCGCACGCAGACACCCGUUCCGUUGCAGCAAGGUGCCAUGUCGCGCGCGAUCGAAUACGCGCAGCUUGUUUCACGCACCAAUUCCAAGCCUGACCCGUUCGCCAGCCUGGGCCACAAGCUCUCGGGUAAAGCUGUUGAGGAGAAACUGGAAGUGGUGUCAUAUGCACUUGAAGAUAUCAAGCUUGACGGCGUGCCGGCGCCGCUCGUGCUUCCGCAGGGCCAGUUGUUCUUUGGAUUUCCCGUAACCGCGGUAGAGCGAGAGGAGGUGGUGGAAGAGGAGAUCCAAGGGGUAUUUAAGGGCGAGGGGCAGUCAUUGAGGCAAUCGCGAAAGCGCAAGGAUAAGAGUGGGAUGGAAUUUUUCAGUCAGAAGGACAAGGCGAGAAGUCCACCGGAGGUGAUUGAAAUUGACUAG